CGGAAAACCAACCGUGACGCACCGGACUCACCGGUGUGUGUGACGUGUUGCAGUCAAAUGUAUCCGGCUCAGUAAGUGGGUGAAAGGUUCAGUGAUUAAACCGGGACAGUUUCUCCUUCAGCUGCGACAAACCAGCGUAAAUCCAAAAUGUCGAAACAGCCGCAGCCAAUCAGUCCCAUGAAGAACUUCUUCGCUGGAGGUUUCGGUGGAGUCUGCCUCGUCUUUGCGGGUCACCCUCUCGACACAAUUAAAGUGCGUUUACAGACUCAAGCAAAGCCCAAACCAGGAGAGAGUCUGAUGUAUGCUGGGACCAUUGAUUGUUUUAAAAAGACUUUAGCCAAAGAGGGAGUGAAGGGGCUCUACAAAGGCAUGGCAGCGCCCGUCAUCGGAGUCACGCCCAUGUUUGCUGUGUGUUUCUUUGGAUUCGGUUUGGGCAAGAAGCUGCAGCAAAAAAACCCUGAGGAUAUUCUCACGUAUCCACAACUGUUUGCUGCUGGCAUGUUGUCUGGCAUCUUCACCACAGCCAUCAUGACUCCUGGAGAGCGCAUUAAAUGCCUCCUACAGAUCCAGGCAUCAUCAGGAGAGGUGAAGUAUGCCGGGCCAAUGGACUGUGUCAAACAGCUGUACAGAGAGUCUGGCAUUAGAGGAAUCUACAAAGGCACUGCACUCACUCUCAUGAGAGAUGUUCCAGCAAGCGGCAUGUACUUCACGUCAUACGAGUGGCUGAAGAACCUUCUCACCCCUGCAGGAAAAAGCCACAAUGAACUCAGCGUUCCCAGCGUGCUUUUCGCCGGAGGAAUGGCCGGAAUCUUCAACUGGGCUGUGGCCAUUCCAGCCGACGUGCUUAAGUCUCGCUUUCAAACAGCUGCAGAGGGAAAGUAUCCUAAUGGUUUUCGUGAUGUUCUGCGUGAGCUGAUCAGAGAGGAGGGCGUGGGCUCUUUGUACAAAGGCUUCACUGCCGUCAUGCUCAGAGCUUUUCCUGCAAACGCCGCCUGCUUCUUGGGAUUCGAACUAGCGAUGAAAUUCCUCAACUGGCUGGCGCCCAACAUGUGAUGAAAACUUGAUGAAAGAGCAUUAUUUACAAGAUAUGUCAUUUAAAACAUUUCCUCUUAUAUACUUGAUUGUGUCUUUUGGAGGAAAGAUGAUUACCGGUACACACAAAUACUGAAUUUCCUCAAAUAGUGGCCUUGGUUAAUCACUAGAUGUGUCGUCUAGGUCAGAGGUUCUUAAUGUUUUUGACCUUGGGGCCCAAAUCUUUCACUCAAAUAUUACCCCCUGAAUCAGUUGUCUUAUUUUUCAUUAGGAUUGAAUUCAAUAUUUAUAUUCAACCUACUUACAGUUUAACAGGAUAAACCUUUUUAAAUGAUAUGAAAGCAAUCACAAACAUUAUUAUCAAGCCUUAGGUCAGUUUGAUUACAAAAUCAAUGCCAAUACUAAAGAAUGGACUCAUGGAAAAAAAACAUUAUGCAGUGCUAAAAUAAAUAAAUUCUAACUAAAUUAGUAAAAAUUAAUAAUAUUUUUUUAUAUAAACUAUCCAUAAAAUUAAAGUGCAAAUGAAAAUACAGCCUCACCACUUAAGUGCCAAUGAUUGUCACACACACACUAGGUGUGGCGAAAAUAUUCUCUGCAUUUGACCUAUCACCCUUGAUCACCCCCUGGGAGGUGAGGGGAGCAGUGGGCAGCAGCGGUGGCCGCGCCCAGGAAUCAUUUUGGUGAUUUAACGCCUAAUGCGUGUUCAUUUUUCGUUCUGCCCGGUCUGCUUCUGCCCAGCUUCUUAGCUCGAUUCGAUUCACAAUCGAUUCUUAAUUCAACACAAUUUUCAAUUAAAACCGAUUCUGAUUCUCGCAACAUAUUAUUUGGUAUUAAAAUGAUGAAACCUUCUCAGAACAUGUUAUAUGAAUUUUUACAAAAAUUGACCACCUUUUUUCAUUGAUUUUUGAAAAUUAUAUAUCGGGUUUUUUCACACCCUGUCCCCACCCUCCGCCAAUCAAACAUCUUUAUGGUGUUCAGGUUUGAUUAAUCAUCUCUUACGGCAAUUGAGGUGCAAUACUUGACUGCAGCCACCAGGGUUGUGAAUCGUACAACAAUUCAAUUUGAUUCCAAUUCUCAGGGGGAUGAUUUGAUUCAGAAUGAGUAUGUAAAUUAUAAUAAAACCUUUUCAAAACAGGUUAGAAAAGCUUCUCUUGGCUGCUGACAAGUAUGCGAGUAUGCACUUAGAUGUUCCAAAACACGUCUUUUUAAAAAUCGAUUCUUGCCAAUUUUGAAUCGUUUGAGAACUGUAAUAAAAAAGAAUCGUGGUUCUAAUGUGAAUCGAUUAUUUUCCAGUUGCCUUUACAGCCAGCACAGGGCACUGUUGUAAUCAAAGCUAUGUACACACCAACUCACAUAUUUUAACAAGGCCUUUAUGGCCUUUUUCCCACAUGCUAAUGCAGCUUUUUAAAACCAAAUAACUUGAACUUAAAAGCUUUUCUCUUGAGGCUCAAAGUGCUUAAAGUGAAACCCAUUAUCUACAUCUUUAAACUACAUUUAAGCAAGUGUGGGUGGCACUGGGAAGAGCAGGUGGGUAAAGUGUCUUGCUCAAGGACACAACAGCAGUGACUAGGAUGGCGGAAGCGGGGAUCGAACCUGCAAUCCUAAGGUUGCUGGGACGGCCACUCUACCAACCGAGCCACACCGUGCAAAAUUAGAAAAUGUUUUCAAACUGUUGACACCAUAACACCUACACUGUAUGUCAGAGGUCUUCAACAGGGGGACCGCCAUGUACUGCAGGGUGGCUGUGAAAUGUUUUGACUUUUUUGAAAUUGUAUUUUUUAAAUACAAAACCCAAAACCAGUGAAGUUGGGACGUUGUUAUCGUAAAUAAAAAAAGAAUACAAUGAUUUGCAAAUCCUUUUCAACUUAUAUUCAAUUGAAUAGACUGCAAAGACAAGAUAUUUAAUGUAUAAACUGAGAAACGUAAUUUUUUUUUUGCAAAUAAUCAUUAACUUAAAAUUUAAUGGCAGCAACACAUUGCAAAAAAAUUGUCACAGGGGCAUUUUUACCACUGUGUUACAUGGCCUUUCCUUUUAACAACACUCCGUAAACGUUUUGGGAACUGAGAAGAUCAAUUUUUGAAGCUUUUUAGGUGGAAUUAUUUCCCAUUCUUGCUUGAUGUACACCUAAAAUUGUUCAACAGUCUCAGUUGUCGUAUUUUACGCUUCAUAAUGCGCCACACAUUUUCAAUGGGAGACAGGUCUGGACUACAGGCAGGCCAGUCUAGUAUCCGCACUCUUUUACUACAAAGACACGCUGUUGUAACACAUGCAGAAUGUGGCAUGGCAUUGUCUUGCUGAAAUAAGCAGGGGCGUCCAUGAAAAAUACCUUGCUUGGAUGGCAACAUAUGUUGCUCCAAAACCUGUAUGUACCUUUCAGCAUUAAUUGUGCUUUCACAGAUGUGUAAGUUACCCAUGUCUUGGGCACUAAUACACCCCCAUACCAUCACAGAUGCUGGCUUUUGAACUUUGCGCCUAUAACGGUCCGGAUGGUUCUUUUCUUCUUUGGUCCGGAGGACACGACGUCCACAGUUUGCAAAAACAAUUUGAAAUGUGGACUCGUCAGACCACAGAACACUUUUGUACUUUGCAUCAGUCCAUCUUAGAUGAGCUCGGGCCCCGCAAAGCCAGCGGUGUUUCUGGGUGUUGUUGAUGAAUGGCUUUCGCUUUACAUAGUAGAGUUUUAACUUGCACUUACAGAUGUAGCGACCAACUGUAGUUACUGACAGUGGUUUUCUGAAGUGUUCCUGAGCCCAUGUGGUGAUAUCCUUUACACACUGAUGUCGCCUGAGGGGUUGAAGGUCACAGGCUUUCAAUGUUGCUUUUCAGCACUGCCGCUUACGUGCAUUAAUUUCUCCAGGUUCUCUGAACCUUCUGAUAUUACGGACUGUAGAUGGUGAAAUCCCUGAAUUCCUUGUAAUAAUUUGGUUAGAAAUGUUGUUCUUAAACUGUUUGACAAUUUGCUCACGCAUUUGUUCACAAAGUGGUGACCCUUGCCCCAUCCUUGUUUGUGAAUGACUGAGCAUUUCAUGGAAGCUGCUUUUAUACCCAAUCAUGGCACCCUCCUUUUCCCAAAUAGCCUGUUCACCUGUGGGAUGUUCCAAAUGAGUGUUUGAUGAGCAUUUCUCAACUUUCUCAGUCUUUUUUUGUCACUUGUGCCAGCUUUUUUGAAAACAUGUUGCAGUCAUCAAGUUCCAAAUGAGCUAAUAUUUGCAAAAAAUAACAAAGUUUACCAGUUCGGAUAUUAAAUAUCUUGUCUUUGCAGUGUAUUGAAUAUAGGUUGAAAAGGAUAAGUUACACAACGUGCCAACUUCACUGGUGUUGGGUUUUGUAUUUCCCCCUGCAAUUUUUCCACAAAUGUAAAUUUCUUAAAAUACAUAUGAACAUUGAUCCAACACACUGUCAUGUAGUUGAAAAAUAUAGUAUGAAUACAUUAGUCUGCUAUUAUAUUCAUGUUAUCAUCUAAGAAAGCUAGCAAUUAGCGCUCUAAUAGUCAGCAAGCGAUUGCUAAGCUUGCUGCAAGCUAGCGAUUAGCACACAAGUUGUCAGCAAGCGAUUAACACGCUUGUCAGCUAGCGAUUUGCCCAUUAGUUUCCAGCUAUUGAUAAGCACUCUAGUUGCUAGUUAGCUAUUAGCACUGUAGUUGCCAGUUAGGGAGUAGUGCUCUAGUUGCCAGUUAGCGAUUGGUGUGCCAGUUGUCAGCUAGCAAUAGGCGCGCCAGUUGUCAGCUAGCGAUAGGUGUGCCAGUUGUCAGCUAGCUAUAGGUGUGCCAGUUGUCA